AUGGAGCUUGCGUGCGGUUCCCAAGAACCGCCAGUGGAAGGAAGUGAUGAUUGGAUCACCUACGACGAGACAGAUGAAGAACAGGCUGAUGAAGAAUACAAUGGGUACGACGAGCACUCGGGUGCUCCUUUAGAGAAUGGCGAUGAAGCGGGAGAUGAAGAAUCUGAGCUCGCAAAAGUAUUCGGUUGCUGCAGUCGGGCAGAAGGACUAAAAAAGCUUGCUGAACUGCGCAACGACAUGACACUACCUCUUCGGCUGUAUGUCAUGGUCGACAAGUACGACGUGCCUGCCUUUCGACUCCUAGCUCGUGAUCGAUUUUACCGCGCCGCGAAGCUCGUUUGGGAAGAGGCCGAGUGUUUUCCUGACGUGGUUGAUGAGUUGUGUCAGACCACGCCGCCGACGGACACUGCAAUGAGGGAGAUUGUAUGCAGGCUUGUUGCGUCUGUGAUCCAUGUUCCUAGGGUCAGGGAUAAGAUGAGGAGUGUUAUGAUGAAGCAUGGGGAUUUGGCUGCUGGGGUCGUGGAGUAUUCCAUCCAUCUUCAUACCCUUUUCGUCUGA